AUGUUAUGCCUAACAAGUGGAUAUUUUGCUAGUAACACAAAUGCUUUAAAGCAAUUACCGAGUAUUCUGCACAUCCUGCUCCUUAGUGUGGUGACUCUUCUCCAACUGGACCUGGGGUAUAGCCACCGCAUCCUGGCCACCUUCUUUUUUCCCGCCAGAAGCCACUCCAUGAUUACCAAUGCCAUCAUUCGGGAACUGGUGAAACGUGGUCAUGAAGUCACCUUCAUCACAUCCAUGUCCAUGGCCAAGGAAAAUUUGGGACCAAACUACAAGGAAAUUCCGAUUCCCCCGUACGAGAUCUGGCCAGAAAUUCAAGAGCUGACCAAGAGGAACAGCGUGCUGGAGAUGACCGAUGUGGACAACCUGACCUUCCUUCGAAUGGUCAACUUGUUGGGAGUCGCCACCACGGACUUUGCCUUUGAGCAGCCGGGCGUUAAGGAAUUGAUCCAUGCCAAGGAUAAGGUGGGGAAAUACGAUCUUCUGCUGGCAGAGCAGUUUUUCAACGAGGGAGCCCUCAUCCUGGGACAUCUUUACCAGAUACCCAUCAUUACCAUUGCGACCUUCGGCUUUGCCAAUUACCUAAGUCAGCUGUUUGGAGUAGUCUCUCCCUGGUCAUAUGUUCCCCACGUCUACUUGCCAUACACUGACAAGAUGACUCUGUGGGAACGCAUACAUAAUGUAGCCUUCAGUGGCUUUGAAGAUCUUCUCAGAGAGUUCUCCUAUUACCCCCGCCAAGAUGCCAUCCUUCAAAAGCACUUCUCCAAGAGCCUUGAUAGAGUUCCCACCAUAAAGGAGCUGGAGAGAAAUAUCUCCGCCGUUCUGCUAAAUAGUCACGUGCCACUGUUCUCGCCCAGACCCCUUUCCUACAACAUGAUUCAAUGUGCUGGACUGCACAUUCUUCCCCCAAAGGCUCUGCCCGAGGAGAUAAAGCAGUUCCUGGACGAAGCCACCCAUGGAGCUAUCUACUUCAGUCUGGGUUCCCAAGUGCGCAGUGCCGAAAUGCCGCCUGAAAAGCUUAAAAUAUUCUUGGACGUCUUCAGCAGCCUUCAGCAACGAGUUCUGUGGAAGUUUGAGAAUGAGUCAGUCAAGCUUCCGCCGAAUGUGAAAGUAAAGAGCUGGCUGCCUCAGGCUGAUAUCCUGGCCCACCCUAAUGUGAAAGUAUUCAUCGGCCACGGAGGAGCUAAUGGCGUCAUAGAGGCGAUUCAUUAUGGAGUUCCGAUGCUCGGAAUGGCGGUUUACAGUGAUCAGUACCAUCACGUCAAUCAGGGCAAGAAGGCAGGCUACUUACUGGGUCUGGACUACCGGACAGUCACUGAGGAAGAGCUCAAGGGUCUGCUGCUAGAGUUGAUCGAGAAUCCCAAGUACAAAAACAACAUGAAGCAGGCAUCUAAAGUAUUCCGUGAUCGACCCCUAAACGCCAUGGAUACGGCAAUGUACUGGAUAAACUAUGUGAUAGAGCACCGGGGAGCUCCUCACAUAGUCUCCGCUGGAGUACAGCUGCCUUGGUACCAGUUCUACCUCCUGGAUAUUGUGGGUCUAGCCUUGGUGCUCAUCCUGCUGCCCCUUCUGCUACUAGCCCUUGUCUGCCGCAGGCGCAGCCCCGAGAAGAAACCAAAACAGGAGUAGAAC